UCUGCUUACAUCAGCAACUGCUGCGAAAGUUAAACACUUCAUUUUGCUUACCUCAUUGGGAACAAACAAGGUUGGCUUUCCUGCUGCUAUUCUAAAUUUGUUUUGGGAGGUUCUGAUUUGGAAAAGGAAGGCAGAAGAAGCACUGCUAGCCAGUGGACUUCCCUACACUAUAGUGAGACUUGGAGGCAUGGAACGGCCCACUGAUGCUUACAAGGAAACCCAUAAUAUUGCCCUCUCACAGGAAGAUACUUUAUUUGGUGGCCAGGUGUCAAACCUUCAGAAGCAACUUCAAUUGAUGCAGGUAGCAGAGCUCAUGGCAGUCAUGGCCAAAAACUGCAGCCUUUCAUACUGUAAAGUAGUGGAGGUAAUUGCAGAGACAUCUGCACCAUUGACUCCGAUGGAGGAACUUCUUGCAAAGAUACCAUCUCAACGUGCUGACAUUUACUCUCGAAAGGAUCCAGGUGCUGCAGCUGGGCCUGAUUUAGCACCAUCUAAGACUGUCAAAUCCAAGGAAGCAAGCCCUACCAUUGAGAAGGAGCCUUCCAGUGCAAAAGCGAUGGCGAGG